AUGUCUAGCAAAGCAAAUGCUUCCAAGAAAAAGUCUCAACAGGUAAAAAGAAAUCCAAAAAGAAAAACCGAGGAAGCAGCAGAAAUAUCAGCGGAACAGGUUAGAAACACAGUGAAAAAAAAUAAAAAUCAUCCAAAACAUCUGUCUUCUGAAGUGACAAGACAGACAAAGCAUACUGCUCUAAAACAGGUAAAGAUCGCAUCCAACAAGAGAAAAACCUGGCAACCUCUUUCGAAGAGUAGCAGAGAACAUUUACAAACUAUGAUGGAAUCGGUAGUAAUAGCAAUUCUGAGUAACAGUGUUAAAGAAAAAGAACAAAUUCAAUAUCAUCUGAAUUUCCUAAAGAAAAGAUUGUUGCAACUGUGUGAAACCCUGAAAGUCCCUCCCAAAAAGCUGCAAGAUUUAUCUCAUGUGUCAAGUCUACUGAAAAUGGAAAGGGCACAGCACAGAACUAAUGAGGAAGGUCUGGCAUCUUUGCAGGAAGAAACAGAUAAAAUGGUAGCGACUAUAGAGUCAAUGACUGGGGAUAUUCACAGCCUAAAGAACAAAGUUCAUGUUCUGAAAAGUGAGGUGGAAGAAGAAGAAAAGAAGAUAAAACAGAUGUUUCAAAUAGAUAGUGGGGUGCUCUCUCUUCCUGAACUUUCUCAAAAGAGUCUCAGAGCACCCAUCCUUCAGAGAGAAAUUCUGACGCUAAUUCCAAAUCAGAACAGUCUUCUGAAGGACUUGGAAGUUCUCCAUAAUUCAUCCCAGAUGAAGCACAUGUUCACCUUCAUUGAAGAAGUCUAUAAAAGACUGGAUGCCUCUUAA